AUGUCGUACAGUGGAUCAUCAUCGAAUCUGAGUGUGGCACUUGCGCGCACGCGUUAUCUGGACGCCUUUCAGUCGAUAGUUGCCUCGACACCGAGGCUGAGACCCACCGACGCGCAAGCGCCAUCUACGAUAGGUUGUCUAGAAGAGGAAACAAUGGACAUACGUCUUCUGUUGAGCGCAGUGAACGAAAGGCGAAACGAACUUUCCCUGAUGUCUAUGUUGCCGCCCGAGGUCAUGGCGCACACCAUCUUCUUUCUCAUCGAUGUAUGGCCCAUCCGCCUAGGCACUGAGGACCGUUUUAAAAAGACACUUGGAUGGGUUACCGUGACGCACGUCUGCCGACGCAUGCGCAACAUUUGUCUAGAGCAGCGGUCGCUUUGGGCCCGCUUAUCCCCGGAUAAUAGACAACCCUGGGACAUCUUCAUCGAACGAGCGGGCGGGUCGCCCCUUAUCGUCAGAGGCUCAUUGGGCAUAGAGAAAUACGUACCAGGACGCAUACAAGCCAUCCUCGAGCGUCGGGAUCGGAUACAGGAACUCUCCUUAGAUUUUAUCUACUAUCCUCGUCUUCGCGAGGUAGUGCAAGGUCUUGCUGGGUCCCUGUCCCAUCUGCGAGUGCUACGGCUGUCUUCGGCAGACUAUACGGGGAAGCUAGAGUCGCGCGCUGUGCUUGAUCCACGACUGUUGGUCGAUGUGGCCCCGGCGCUGCGUUGCCUCGAUAUCACUGGCAUUAUCUUCCCAUGGGGCUGCGGCUCCGCGAGCCUCACGCAGUUUCACUACACAUCCAACGUCAGCGCGCUACCUAUGAGCUCCAUGCCGCUUAGCAUCGAUGACAUCGUCUCUUCGUUGCGAUUGAUGCCGGCGUUGACAUCUCUCAAACUGGUCGACGCAUGCCCGGCGCUUGCGACCAAGCCCAUCAAUGCGGUCCGCCUACCGCAACUUGAACAUCUACAUAUCAACACCCAAGACGACUCUUGCUGGCAUCUUUGGUCCGUAAUGGAUCUUCCUCGGCUUUUGCAUGUCCAUAUCCGUGGCGGGCAUAGUGAAGGAACUGCCGCCCUCAUCACUUCGAGGUUACGGCUAUUCCACGCCUCUCAUGCACCGUGGAGCCACUCGCUGCAGGUUAGGCUCGGACAGGCGUUCAUCGCAUUCACAUUGGCGAAGGACGGGCUAUUUGCUUUCUCCGAAUCGCCUCUUACAGGACGGCUGCCCUCCAUCACGCUCGAAGUUCGCCGCAGCGACAUGCAGUCCAUGGCUCGCCAUCUCAUGGAUAUAACUCGACCUGACCAUACCACCACUAUCGAUGUCACGGUCCCAGAAAGAGUUGAUUAUGACCGGGCCUUCUUGGGCUUUCGCGAGGCCUUCAUGCCUGCAAGUUCGGUCACGACACUCGUCCUUCGUCAAUUCACAGAAGCUGGUCUCGCAGCUCUCAUACCGGAUGACCGUGCUCCUGGCUCUCCCCCCGAGGCUAACCCAGCAACACUCGACGAUAACGGCCACUCUCCCGUUACACUGUUUCCACACCUACGCAACCUGACAUGCGUAUCCAUGAACUUCACAAUCGUCACCGAUCGCUCUCAUCCUAACAUCCAGAACCACUCGAUGAUGGACCGGGUUCUGUUGGACCGCUCAAAACAGGCAGACGGCGGUAUCCAGCAACUGACCAUCCAAUCCUGCGACGUUUCGUCUGACUGGGUCAAGGGUUGGUCUGAGUACGUUGGGGAUAUGCAUUGGGACGGGGAGCAGGGGAGCGAGGCGCAGCGUGCACCCUCCCGCCGUCCACACCCGCGCCGUCGGUUAAACCCUCGAUUUCAUGGUCCCCAAAGGCAUGAGAUGACCGACGAGUCGGAGGAUUGA